AUGGCGCCACCAGCGACGCAGUUCGAGCUCUCGCAGCCGCCGACGGACGUGGUGUCGGCGCUGGCGUUCGCGCCGGAGUCGCCGUCGCGGCUGCUGGCCGCGUCGUGGGACAAGCACGUCUACCUGUACGACACGCUGCAGGGCCGCGACGCCGCCGCCGCCGCCGACGAGGAGGGCGGCCGCGGCGCGCUCCUCCGCACCUUCCCCCACCGCGCCCCCGUCCUCGACGUCUGCUUCGGCGCCCGCGACGGCGAGGCCUUCACCGCCUGCUUGGACCGGAACGUCCGCCGCCUCGACCUUGCCACCGGCGACCAGACCGUCCUCAGCCAGCACGCCGCCGCCGUCCGCAGGGUCGUCUACAGCCGCGAACACUCCCUCCUCAUCUCCGCGUCCUGGGACGACACGCUGCACGUGCACCGGCCGUCGGACCCGUCGGCGGCGGCGCUCUCGGUGCCGCUGCCGGGCAAGCCGCACGCGGUGGCCGCGAGCCCGUCGAAGCUGGUGGUGGCCAUGACGUCGCGGCUGGUGCACAUCUACGACCUGGCGGCGCUCGCGGCGGCCGCCGCGUCGCCCUCGGCCGCGACCGACCCGCCGCCGCGGCCCUGGCAGCAGCGUGAGUCGUCGCUCAAGUUCCUGACCCGCGCCGUCGCCGCCAUGCCGUCGGACGCCGGCUACGCCACCUCUAGCAUCGAGGGCCGCGUCGCCGUCGAGUGGUUCGACGCCAGCGCCGAGUCCCAGGCCCGCAAGUACGCCUUCAAGUGCCACCGCGCCACGCAGCCCGCCGCGGCGGCCCCUGCCGACCCUGCUGCUCCGCCCCCCGCCCCUACCGACGUCGUCUUCCCCGUCAACGCGCUCGCCUUCCACCCCGUCCACGGCAGCACCUUCGCUAGCGGCGGCGGCGACGCCACCGUCGCCCUCUGGGACGCCGACGCCAAGCGGCGCAUGAAGGUCUACCAGAAGUUCGCCGACUCCGUCGCCGCCCUCGCCUUCUCCCGCGACGGCCGCUACCUCGCCGUCGCCGUCUGCCCCGGCUUCGAGACCGGCAUGGGCGACUACAACGCCGAGGGCCGCACCCGCAUCUUCGUCCGCGAGCUCGCCGACAACGAGGCCCUCCCCAAGGGCAAGGCAAAGUAA